AUGAUAGUUUUUUGGUGGAGCGUUGGGUCUUUGAGUCAUCCGACCGACGGAACGGGGAGUGAUGAGAAGCGAGCCACCAAGCAUGGAAGCACGUUCCUGGUCGGGGUCGGAAAGGCCGAUAUCACUGGUGCUGUGGUUCAGAUCCCUUUUGCAGGUUACGGGCAGAUGAACCAGACAGGAACUGGUCUCCGCCAGAGAACUUACGCUCGGUCAUUUGUCUUUGCUGAUCCCGCCAAUAUCACCAACUCUUUCAUUUACGUUGUACUCGAUACUCAAUCGGGUGAUACUGCAGUUCGAUAUGGCAUUCUUCAAGGCCUUCAAACCCUUGGAGGGAAAUAUGGGAAUUUUAGAGAACACAAUGUCGCAGUGGGUGGCACACACCAACACUCAGGGCCCGGGGGAUGGAUGAACUAUUUGCUUCCUCAGAUAGCGACACUUGGGUUUGAUAAGCAGACUUACACCGCAAUUGUUGAUGGAGCUCUUCUUUCAAUUCAAAGAGCAUAUGACAGUCUUGCCCCCAGCACGAUCAGCGUCGGUACUAUCGAUCUUGAGGAUGCAAACAUCAACCGCAGCCCAUAUUCUUACCUGGCGAACCCGGCGGCUGAACGCGCUCAGUACAGUUCUGAUACGGAUACAACAAUGACACUCCUAACGUUCGAUCGCCUCUCGGAUGGUAAAACCACUGGUGUCUUGUCCUUUUUCUCUGUGCAUGGCACCUCUCUCUACAACAACAAUACACUUGUUACAGGAGACAACAAAGGCGUUGCAGCCUAUCUCUUUGAGCGAGGUGCUACCAACGAUGCUCGAUUCGCCGAUAAUUUUGUCGCUGGGUUUUCACAAUCAAGCGUUGGAGACAUGAGUCCCAAUGUGCUGGGUCCGUUUUGUGAAGAUACGGGAUUGCCGUGUGACUUCAAAACCAGCACGUGCAAUGGCCGGACCGAGCUUUGUCAAGCGCGUGGCCCUUACUUCAACGAAGGCGAUAACGGGGCCAAAAGUGCAUUUGAGAUAGGCCGUCGCCAAUACAACGCUGCCUUUCAGCUAUAUGGACAAAUAUCCUCCGGCUCAGGAGUACUACUCGCCGGAGAAUCAGCCAUGGCGUCGUACCAUACGUACCAGAACAUGUCGGGCUACGAAUUCAUUUCUCCGUUCAACGGUCGUCUUCUAUCGACUUGCUACGCGGCCCUGGGCAGUUCAUUUGGAGGAGGAACCAGUGAUGGACCGGGGGCCUUUGAUUUUACUCAGAAUAAUGCGUCUCCCAAUCCCUUUUGGCGGCUAGUGCGGGAUGGUCUUCACCAACCUGGGCCUGAACAAAUCAAGUGUCAAUCUCCCAAGCAGAUCUUGUUUGAUCUUGGAGCAAUGAACAAUCCAUAUGCAUGGGCUCCUGAUAUCGUCGAUGUUCAAGCCCUUCGCCUGGGCCAGCUUCUUGUCAUAGUUUCUCCAAGUGAGAUCACUACUAUGUCUGGACGUCGAUGGAAAGCCACCAUUGCGGGCGCGGCUCAAAGUGUUCUAUCCAUCUCCGAUCCUAUCGUUGUUCUGGCAUCUCCAGCAGACUCAUACGCACACUAUGUCACCACAGAGGAGGAAUAUACCGUGCAGCGUUAUGAAGGCGCAUCAACUCUUUACGGACCCAACCAGCUAGCGGCAUAUGUGAACCUUAGUCUGGCAUACCUGCCGUAUCUGGGAGUCCCAAAUGCGGUGGCACAAUUACCCAAACUUCCCGAAGGCCCCAGGCCUCCAGUUACCACGAAUUACUCUCUCGCAUUCGUCCCUGGUGUCGCCUUCGACAGCCCCCCCUUGGGUCAUUCGUUUGGGGAUGUCUUAUCUUCUUCGACACCAUACUUCUACAUGGUAGGAGAUUACGUUUCAGCCACCUUUGUUGGGGCUAAUCCACGUAAUGACCUGCGCUUAGAAAAAACCUAUGCAGCAGUGGAGAUGAAUAUUGACGGUAUUUGGGAAGUAGUGCGUACUGACGAGGACUGGAACCUGGUCUUUGAAUGGAAGCAAACAAACGUACUGCUGGGUACGAGUCAAGUGACCUUGACCUGGCAUAUUGAGGACUCAUAUUACCUGUCAGGCUGGGGCAACGCUCUACAGCGUGGGAUUUAUCGUCUGCAUUAUUAUGGAGAGUCUAAAAAUGUGUUUGGAACGAUCUCUUCUUUCGAAGGAGUGGGGCCCGAGUUUAGCCUUCAAAUCUAA